GGCUGGUGGAGCCGGGAGGCCCUCCUCGCCUCUCCUGUGCGCCCGGAGCGUCUCCUUUUACUCCGUCGCCCAGGUUUCCCGGCGGCUUCCUGAGAGACCACCACUGCGGGGGGCGCCCCGACCGGUUCCUGCCGGGGAGGCCGAGCUAGCGGAUCCGCCCGAGCUCCCACAGCGCCCCCCGGCGGCCUGGCCAAGGAGGAGGCGAGUGGCCCUGAGGGCUCAGCCCGCUGGGCCCUGUUCCCCGACCCCGUGCUUUUCUCGGGGUCCCGAGCUUUUCAAACCGCUAGAGCUCUCCUCAGGCCUCGGUGCUUCUGCCCACGGCCGUGCCCUCUGCCUCCUCGAGUCCUUGAGCUAACCCAGAUGUGGGGGGCAUCACGAGACAGAAGGCAGAGAGCGGUGCGAGGAGUGAUGAGGCUAGAGAGGCCAGGAGUUGGGGUCCGCCCCGCAGAGGAGUUCUUCCGCGGUGGCAGUGACCUAGAGCGCUAGCUGCGUCUGCAUCGCCACUAGGCGGGUGCUACUUCUAUGUGGGCUUCAUGCUGUGGGCUGCUAAAUGAAGUCAUGGGAACUGGAGCUGUCAGAGGUCAGCAGACGGGAUUUCCAGGAAGCACCGGCCCAUUCAGAUUUACACCAAGCUCUGACUUUCCCACCUAUCCACCAGCAGCUACUGAAGGGCCCAAUAUAGUUUGCAAAGCGUGUGGGCUUUCAUUUUCAGUCUUUAGAAAGAAGCACGUCUGCUGUGACUGCAAGAAGGACUUCUGCUCCUUUUGCUCAGUUUCCCACGGAAACCUCCGCAGAUGUUCUACUUGUCACCUACUGCAGGAGACAGCCUUCCAGCGCCCUCAGUUGAUGCGGCUGAAAGUGAAGGACCUACGGCAGUAUCUCCUCCUCAGAAACAUACCGACUGACACUUGUCGGGAGAAGGAAGACUUGGUAGAUCUAGUACUGUGCCAUCGUGGACUAGCUUCAGGGGGUGACCUGGACUCAAGCAGCCUGAAUUCCUCACGGUCCCAGACUUCUAGUUUUUUUACACAGUCGUUUUUUUCAAAUUAUACAGCCCCCUCUGCUACUGUGUCCUCCUUCCAGGGUGAGCUCAUGGACAGAGAUGGGACCUUCAGAUCAGAAGUUCUGGCACAGGUACAAAGUGAAAUAGCUUCAGCCAACACAGAUGAUGAUGAUGAUGAUGAUGAAGAUGAUGAAGAUGAAGAUGAUGACAAUGAAGAAGAAGAUGAUGAUGAUGAACAAGAAGAAAACUUGGAGGAACAGAACCCAGGACUCUCUAAGAAGAAAGUGAGAGCCUCGCUGUCCGACCUGUCAAGCCUUGAAGAGGUAGAAGGGAUGAGUGUGCGCCAGCUGAAGGAGAUCCUGGCUCGGAACUUUGUCAACUAUUCUGGCUGUUGUGAAAAAUGGGAGCUGGUAGAAAAAGUCAACCGGUUGUACAAAGAGAAUGAAGAAAACCAAAAGUCAUACGGUGAGCGGAUGCAGCUUCAGGAUGAGGAAGACGACAGCCUGUGCCGAAUCUGCAUGGAUGCAGUCAUUGACUGUGUCCUGCUGGAAUGUGGGCACAUGGUCACCUGCACCAAGUGUGGCAAGCGCAUGAGUGAGUGUCCCAUCUGUCGACAGUAUGUGGUGCGUGCUGUGCAUGUUUUCAAGUCAUGAGAUUGAGGCCCCUCGCAGUGGGACACGCCCGUGAUUCUAUCCCAAACAUCUGAGUGCAUAAAGGACUGGAAACUUACUGUUCCAAGGCAGAGACUAUUUUUAAAAAUUAUUUUCAUUACUGACUGGGGACAGAAAGUUCAUCCUAAGACAGGCCUAUGCCUGUGGACACAUGGCUUUCCCAGCUUUCUGCUGGGUUUUAUCACUUGUUUCCCCUGGGCACUAGUUGCUGAGGUCAGACUGUUAGUGUGGUUAUUUGCUCUUGCUCUAUGGAGGCCUGUCUCUUAAUUUCCCCUUUAUCCUGUGUUUGAAACUUAUGCUCUCUUAGAAAUGAACUCAUUGUUCACAAGUGGGCUAGUGUGGACUACACUGAGCAGUGGCUGCUCUGAGUGUUCGCUUUAUUAGUCAUAUAUAUUUUAAAUGCUAAUAUUUGAUGAAUGUAAGUUUCCACAUUGUUGCUAUCUCUGCAUUUAAACAUAAUUGGGAGACAAUUGACAUUCUUUAGUCAACUGCCAGGACCUCAGAUAAAUAUGUCCAUUUUUGUUCAGGUACAGCUUUUAAUAGCAAGGGCUGCAUCUAGCUUCUUAUCUUAGAAGUGUGUGUGUGUGUGCUAAAUUCUUUAUUAACAUGUAAUCAGUUUACAUUGUUUUGUAUAGUGAAGGUGUAUUUUUAGUGCUACCUGCUAGUAAUUUCAACUUCAGAAAUAAAAUUAGAUUAAAAGGC